AUGGUUGGCACCUACACCUGUAAAUGCCAGCUGCAGAUGUGGCUAAUGCUGCUGUGGUACAGUGUGAUUGAUAUUGCUACCCUGAAUGCCUACUCCUUUUUUAAAGCUCAGCACCCUGAAUUCUAUGCAGGUAUCACUAAUGCCCAAUGGUACUUUAUUAUAGAGCACUCACAUGAGCUUGUGACACCUUAUUUAGAAGUUGACUGGAAGGUUACCCAUGCCUACAACCUACAUCACCACAGCAAUGGAAAGGUAUGGGAUGACUAAAGCUGUAAUCCAGCCACAGAGCGUUAACAGACAGGGCCAACAGAAGAGGAAGAGGUGUAAAAUGUGCCCAAGAAACCAAGACCGUAAAGCUAGCAAUAGUUGUUGGAAUUGCAGUGACCCUGUGUGCAGUCCUUACAGCCAGAAGAGGAUAGGCUACUUUAAAACAGUGAGGAGAGAGAAGACAGUGUGUGUUUUUAUAUGUUGUUUGGACAUGAGACAAGGGGGCACAGAAACACUGAGAGCUAAAGUUUUGAUAGCUGUAUUGAUAGCAAGUUUGUGUGCAAAUGAAUGAAAGAUAAAAAAGUAACAUGUAAAAUAUGUAAUCAUUCUUGUUUUGGAAUCAUAUUUGGAGGUUGACCUUUUUUACCUUUCUCAAAGCCGUUUUGUCAUAAAAUGUUGAUAAGUGAUAAAUGAACAAGUCAGACAUGAAAUAAUUCUUUUGUUGACCAAAAUAUAAUAAAAAUCAUCAUCUUUAUCCAAAAUGAAAGACAUUUUUUAUAAUUUACAGCUUAAAACGCAUUAAUUCUAGUUGGGGUCAUUUUUUGACCCCACUUAUGGAAAAGUGUAGGUAUUGGUCGGCCAUGCAUAUAAGGUCUAAACAAUCAAAUGUCAAAAAUGCAUCUCUUUUAAUUAAAGCAACUUUGCUGGGCUUCUUGUGUGGCCAGCACUUGGCAAUAAAUGACUUCUGGUCAAGGCUUUCCUUUUAUCUUUCCUACAGUACGGCAACUUGAGAUUCAAAAAACAGCUUGAGAGACAGCAAAUUGUUAGCUGAAUUUUAAUUCAUUUGUGGAUCUAUUUAUGGAUAAUAAUCAAAGCCAAAUUGACAUUAGACAAGUGUUGGCCCCAGGACUGCAUCAUGGCAGGUAACCUCCCCUAUAAACUCUCCACAUGGACUGAAAACCCACUGGAACACUGGGGGACAGUGGUAGAGUUGGUUGACAAAGGGGGCUUUCACACUUAUGUCAUUUGGACUUUCAGACUUUACUGUUUGGUCUGAAACAGUGAUAGGUGUGAAACCUCCCAUGGACCUUAGUCCGGACUAAACAGCAAAAGGGCUCAACCAUAGACUGUAUAUAGAUUGGACAGAGUCUGCCUCCUCGCUGGGUGAAGCCACUCCGAGAACAGCACCCUCUGUUGAUGGGCUGCAGUAUAGAUCAUAAAUCCCGCCUCCGCCAGCAAAGCUUAUGGAACUGUGAACAAACUUUAGAAAUUUAUUACACAGAACAUACAUUUUUCUCCCCCCUGCUUGUGAUGUUGACAUGUAGUUAUUGUAAGACUGGUUUGUGCUCAAGUCCUCUUUUUUCUGUGAAGCUCUGUUUUUAAAAGUUUAAAAAAAUCUGUAUCCGUAAAAAAUCCUUCAAAUCCGUAUACAGGCGGUAGGCGGAACCAAGUUGUCCAUAGUAUAUACAGUCUAUGGGCUCAACAAAUAAAGGUGGAUUAGAUUGGAUUGGAUUAGACCUUGGUCUGACUAAAAGAGGUGGUCUCGACCCAGAACAAACAUAACCACAGUCUGUUUAAUGCCCAGUGUGAAAGCAUUAUUUUGAAAGGACCUUUAUAACAAAGACAGGGAAUGACGUGAUAAGAAGUAUCCAUUAUCAUGUUGAAUGGGGUUUGUCCGAGAACAAGAAAUUUUAUAAUAUUGUAGAUAAAGUUAUACCUGACUAUUGACAGCAGAUCUUUUCAAGAGUUUUACUACGUAUACUUUCUCUCAUGAGUCUGUAUUGCAGUGGCUCGCAGGAUUGCUUACUUUCUAUUCUGUCGAUCACGGUAAAGUUGUCGUGUAAUGAUCAAAUUCAUCAGAUAAACUCAGACUAGCCUCAUGUACAGCUCUUCAAGUUGUCGCUAUUGGUAUUGAAAAUCAACAAUAUAAUGUAAAUAAUGAUUUUAUUCAUGUUUACAACAUUCAAGACCCACGUUAUUCAACGUGUUGACAUCAGACAUCUGCCAGCCAAAUGACCAAUCAAUGUAAACUACAGAGACACACAAAGUACGUAGUUGAUGACAAUUUCACGUAAAAGUUCGUCAUGUUAAGUCUGUUAGUCCGUUUGCAACAAUGACAGUGUGAAACCUAAGAGACCAAACCAAAUGUAUACAAUGUAACAAAAACCACAAAGUUUGGACCAUGAUCCAGACUUUAAGGUAUGAAAACAUCCCAAGACCAUAUGACACCAUAGAAAUGCAUUCAGCUCCAUCUAACUCAUCCAUGUUUCUGUCAUCUAAAGCCCUAUUUAAACUCAUUUAAAGUGCAUGGUUUGAAGCAAUUGGAAUAAAGUGAGUCAAGACUGGUCUAAUCAAAUUUUGCUACUUAAGUAGUGCAUAAUCGGGGUGGGCUGCAACUUCUGAAAAGCAAAGUACUGUAUUGUUCCAGUGACUUACAACUCUAGACCAGGUUUUUGUUGGCACAGCAGCUUUCUUUGUCCCCACGAUACAACGCCCCACCUUUGCACCUCACCAAACCUCAUUCAAGACCAACACACCCCUGACCUAUAUGACCUAUACCCGCUUUUUACACAACCUGUGUGCUGACGUCCAUACCCAGUGAAAAAGAAUGAUGCAUAUGCUCGACACCAAGACCCUUAAAUGGACCCUUGGUGAGCUUGUUUGUUACUGUGAAAACUGAAUUUCAGAAGAAUACUUUUGAGCUCCCACUUGGGAAAAUGUCAACAUUAGUGUGUUCCAGUGGAUAAGUGAAGUGAAAUUAUCAGAUUUGAAUGUGACCGGCUCUGAACUUGAAUUAAUUUAUAUUCUAUGGUAGACGAGAGUUUAAAUUAAGAUAACCUAUCACACUGUCAGCUCCAACACUUGAGGAUGCAAAUUUAGUUUCCUCCACUCUAGAGAAUGGUAAACUAAUGCAGCCUUGGACUAUUCCUAUCUCCUUGUUGUUCAGCAAGGCUAAUCAGAAUAGUGCUGUUUCUACAUUAAUUACACUCAGAGCCUUGAUACAGCUGACAAAUGACUUUUUCCCCUCACUGCUAGUGACAUUCUGUUUUCAUGCUUGGAUAAUACUACUCUUAGAGAAGUGUCCCAUGCAGCUCUUUUCUCUACCCUGACACUUUUUCCUCAUCCCUCAAUUUCACUUUAUCAACUCAAAGUACAAACUGGAGCUUAGUGGAUUAAUGGUAAAUUGAAAUUCAUUGAAGCAUUUGCAUGACAUUUAGCAAUGGUUGCAUAAUGGAGGAAUAAUACAACAUGUGUCAAACUGAGAGGAUUCACUCUGCCUUGUGGUAUCUUGUCACUAAACCUACGCAUGCAACAAGAAGAAAGUAUUUCUAUGUUGUAUGUUUAUGUGUUGGUGUUUUUCUAGUGUGUCUUUGUUUUCAGUGCAUCGACAAAACGUGUAGGUGGAGAUGUUCUCUGGGAAAUGUUAACGUUCCUUUGAUGCUCUGCAUACACAUACAUAAUGGUUCCAAUGCAGGGAUAGUUGACAUUUGAGAAAGUUCAAGUUACUGUACAAAUACUUCAACAAAUGUGGUCACUUGGCGAUAAAGAUCACCACAGAGUUGACUUCAUUUGUAUUCCAUAGUGGUUGUGAAGACUAGACAGCCUUGAUAGUAACUGCAGAUUGGCAACUGGAGCCGGUAAUCAAGUUUAAAAAAAAAAAAAAAAUCUAUUGGCUGGUCUCAAAGGCCUUGAAUGUCAAUAGUCUCCACUGCAUGCCAUUAAACAUCUUUAUUACUGCCAAUUUUCAGCCAGACCAGCAACAAACCUAUCACUGCUUUGAUCAGAUUAAGACUAAUGAGGCCACAAAACACCUGAUGUCCAUCAGUUAGGUAUAGUUUGGAACCGUUUGAGUUGAGACAGGAUGAUAAACCUUCACUCCAGUUAAGCUUUUCUUCAGUGAGCCCAGAUAUACACUUCCUCAGUUCUUGAAAAAAAGCUGUUCAUGUUUGCUUAGGUUUUUCUUCUAUUCACUAGUUUUGUUUAAUUGUACUGGUUAUUCAAGUAGAUCUAGCUAUGUCGUUUAUGUGCGUUAGGACAUACGUGGUGCAACCUGAAGCAGAUUUUGGACUAAUUUUUGGGUGACAUGACUAACUGUAAAACCACCUCAGCAGUGUGUUGUUUGCCUCUCAGUAAAAUCAGCAGCUUCCAGACAACUGUUGAAUUUCUGGCAUGUUAGAAAUUUUGCUCAGCCGAUGCCCUCACACAGUAGAGCACGAAAAUAAGCCAAUUCAAUUCAAGAUUUUUAAAUUAGAUUUGGCUCUCUGAUAAUCCUCAUAUAACAUGGUUUAGAUGGGGACAUGUCUGUGAUGUAGACCACUGAAAAACAUGUAAACAGGGUUCCUACACAGUUGGAAUUUCCAUACUUUUCCAUACCCUAUUAUUUUUAGAAUUAUUUUUUGGAAAUACCUACUUUUCUAUUUUAGAAAACAGUAUCUCAGACCUGUGGUAAUUGUCUGGAAACCUAAAUAUUUUACAUACUUUAUUUCUCAUUUUCCAUACUUUUAAAGACCUGGAAAUUUAUCAAAUUUAUUUCCAUACUUUCCAAAAGAACUCCAAUAUCUGUGCAAUCUAAUUUGGAUGUGUGAUCCAAAUAAUACCUUCACCAUGAAUCCUACUCCAAUGAAGCUUCUCCAUUUUCAGUUUUUGUCAAUCCAUUGAAUAAAUAAUGAUCCACUUGAUAUUUACAUUCAGAGUCAGACUCCCAACUAAAAGUACAUUUGUAAGAUAUUUGUCAAUUCAACAUCCAGAUUUAACACAUCCUGUGUAGGUGCACUGAGAUCAUGUCUGACAAUAGGUUUACAUCAUGUGAGUGCAUAUUUUCCGAGUUGUGGUUGUGCAUUAUACGCAUUUCACUUCUUCAGUGUGCUUCAAAUUACCACCAAGCAUUUAUUAGGUUGUACAGUGAAUGUCCCUUCAUAGUCAUAUGAAUAAUUUUUAAACCUACUUACUCUUUUUCCUCUCUCUUUUUGUAGGUCGUUGAAGUGGGAGAAGAAGACAAAAAUAUUUGGACUAUCAAUGACAAGCAAGGCAUUCAGAGUUUUAAUGGUGAGUCUAUCCUCUUGAUUUCUUUUUUCUUUUUUUAAUUUCAGUUUAUACAUGCUCUUUUUGCUGCAUGACCAUAUAGCCCCACAGUGCUGUUUGGUUGAAAUGAAUGUAUUCACACUUAAGUUUCAUCCAAGGAAAGAGUGAGAAGUUUGUAGUUGAAUAUUUAAAAUAAAUGGCAAACUCUGAUUUAGAUGUGCUUGUUCAUGUCUGGUACAGCCCUUGUAAGGUUCUCAUCAUGUUAGGCUGUCAUACACCUCAAUAGUAUUUGUCUGUAUGCUUUUCAUUUCCAUAAGUGACAGGAAAAAGUGGCAUUUUAUCAUGAGUAAGAAACUGAAAGGACUUUGGAAGCAUUGCGUGAGAUAUUUCUUCGACAGACAUCUACAGCAUUGAUUAAAAUUUAUUUUGGGAGCAGUUUUGUAUUCAUCAUUCAUGAGAGUCAUUUCACCUCCCCUUCAAACGGCCUUCAGAGAAUACUCCAAGUUGAGUAUUUGCACCUCAUGAAUUGUGAAUUUCUAUGUUGUGUUGGUUAAACAGCAUAGCGAAAUAGAGUGCAGAGAUAGUAGUUUGUAUCAUCUCAGAAGUCAAACAUCUACAUGCCCACUCAAAAACACUCACUCAGAGAGAUGCACACACACAAAAAAAGGAUGCAUAUGAAAUUGAGAAACCGAAGGACAAAAGGGCGCAUGGAAAACGUACAUAAACUCAAAGCAAUUUCCCAAAGUGUUUGCACAGCUUUUCAGGGUGCUUUGUGCUGCAAUUCCCAGAAAAUUACAAAACAUCAGUAAAAGACAGAAGCCAUGGAAAGGAUUUGAAGAGGCAGGUGGAAAACAGAAAGAUUAAACAUUAUAUUUUGAUAAAGCAAUCCAGAGCCAAUAUAAAAGAGCUCUCCAAGCUGCAUGCCUGCAGAGCAAGCAGGUGUUUGUACUCUUAUCAGGCUGGAAUCAUGCCAUAUCAACCGCAACCUUUGAAACAGGAGAUAACAUUGCAUGAUAGAGGACUUUUGAUGUUGAAAAAGACUGAUGGAUGCGCACUGCGUGAGGCAGAGGAAGAGCCUGCAACAUUUGUAUGUCACAUCCUGGAGAUUAGGUUUUAAGGCCUUUAACAACCUGUGAUAAUUCUGUUCAGAGGAUGGAGAUGAUUGUAAUCGCAGGAAACGGAUCCUGCAAGGAGAUUGCUAUAUGAAUUAUUAGAAUGAGACUGUGUCAAUUAUACAUUACAGUUUGUCUGCUUCAUAAAACUCCAGUGGAGUGUUCAUUGUGGUUUCUCCUGUUGCUUGGAUGACAUAUAUAUGAACUGUAGUAUUUCUAUUUUUAUCUCCAUUCUAUUGAAUUUCCCUUUGGGGACCAGCAAAGCUCCUCCUAUCUCUUAUCUUAUCUUUAACAGCGUGGGGUACUGGAACCAGCUGUCUCUUUUUUAAUGGUUAUUUUUGAAAACUAUUUUCUUUGUUUCACCAUCUAGCUGCACAAUCAAGUACCCACAGAAAAGUGAACACAGAAGAGCACUCCUUUACAUAUUGUGUUUUAUCCCCGCCUAUCUGCAUGUGCAUCAGGGGCACCUAACUUUCCAAAAAAAAGCCUUGUAUUGUGUACAACAUAUGUGCACAUGAGGGAACCCAGGUGUUUGAUUUGUAUGCUUGUGUGCAUGUGUGUAGGAGUGCAGGCUGUGUUGGCUGCAGCUGGCUCACUACUGUAUGCUCCUCUACACUGA